AUGGGCGACAAUGUCCCUCGAGGUUCCAUCGCAUCACAGUUGCCCGAAUUUUCGGAUGAAGUGGUUCAUCUUACUAAUGGCUAUGAAUAUAUUGAUUCAUUCACUUCACUGAUUGGACUAGGAUCGUUCGGAGUCGUCUAUAAGGGCUACAGUGUUAAAGAUCGGACAGAUGUUGCCAUCAAAAAAAUGGGCAAGCAUAACGUCAAGGAAAGUGAGCUCGGAGUCAUUAGGUCGCUGAAUAACGCCUACUUAGUGGGUGUGCUGGAUAUAUGUGAGUUAGAUGAUGUUACUUGCUGCCUUAUUAUGGAACUAUGCGAUUGCGACUUAGACAAUCAUAUUAGGAAUCAUUCUAGCGACGGUCGAUUGAACAGCGACAAUCUCAGAGUACUCGUCGAUAAUAUUGCUCGUGGCUAUAAAGGAUUAUUUGACUACAAAAUUGUCCAUAGAGACAUUAAGCCACAAAAUAUUUUAUUGAAGUAUAUCCCAAAGAGCAAGCAGAUCUCAGCAGCAAAAAUUACUGAUUUUGGUAUUGCCCGAACUUUGGAUAGUGAAGGAUCGGAUCUCUGUAAUGUUGCUGGCACGUUAUUCUACAUGGCUCCAGAAGUUGGUGCUAAUCUGCUCAAGACUUGUCAGUAUGACUCUAAGGUCGAUAUGUGGAGCAUAGGCUGUUUACUGUAUCAGUGCGUCACAGGCGAGAUUCCAUUUGAUGAAUGUUUCUUGUGCAAGCUAUUUCUGUAUACUGCUGGUGCCAAUUACGAUGCCUACGAUCCGCCGGAAUUGCCAGAGACGACAAACGAGGAAAUGAGCGAUAUCAUUCACUCGUUGCUCGAAAUUGACUCUUCCCGAAGAUGCACCCCAGUACAGUUCUAUGAUAAAGCAACAAGCUUUAGCCAAAAGGUUUUCUAG